AGCCUAUAUAAGCUGGUGGGGCAUUUUCUUUUUCAUAUUCUUAGCCCUGCCUUCCUUCUGUGCUAGCCAGCAAAGCAACAGCUACCCCUGAACUCAUCAGAGAGCAUCAGAACAUCAGCAUGGAAAAUAGUGUUGAUAUCAAGACAGAAACCAAGGGUGAAGGAAAGCCAAUAAAACAGAAUCCACUAACCCAAGCUGGCAAGAGAGUCUGCAGAGCUGUGGGGUAUAUCACUGGAGACAUGAAGGAAUUUGAAGCCUGGUUAACAGACAAACCUUUCAUGAUCAAGUUUAUUGACUGGGUGCUGCGUGGGAUAUCCCAGGGGGUGUUUGUCAACAACCCCCUCAGUGGGCUGAUUGUAGUUGCUGGUUUCCUGGUGCAGAACCCGUGGUGGACACUCACAGGCUGUUUAGGAACAGUUGUCUCAACUUUAACAGCUCUUAUUCUGGGUCAGGACAGAUCAGCUAUUGAAGCAGGCCUGUAUGGCUAUAACGGGGUCUUGGUGGGAUUGCUCAUGGCCGUCUUCUCUGCUAAGGGGGACUACCACUGGUGGCUUCUGCUGCCGGUAACGCUGGUGUCCAUGACGUGCCCUGUUUUCACCAGCGCUUUAGGCUCAGUCUUCCGUAAGUGGGAUCUGCCUGUUUUCACCUUGCCUUUCAACUUGGCCUUGAUGCUCUAUCUGGCUGCAUCAGGACCCCAUAACCUCUUCUUCCCUACAACUGUCAUUCAGCCUGCAACAGCAACACCAAACAUCACCUGGACGGACGCUGAAAUGCCAAUGCUCCUGCAAUCCAUUCCCGUCGGGGUGGGUCAGGUUUAUGGAUGCAAUAACCCUUGGACUGGGGGAAUUUUCCUAAUUGCUUUAUUUAUCUCUUCUCCGCUCAUUUGUCUGCAUGCAGCAAUUGGAUCAGCAGUGGGGAUGGUGGCAGCACUGAGCUUAGCAACACCUUUUAGCAAAAUCUACUCUGGCUUGUGGGGCUACAACAGCUCCCUCUCAUGCGCGGCGAUCGGAGGCAUGUUCUAUGCUUUCACCUGGCAGACACAUUUGCUGGCAAUUGCCUGUGCAUUCUUCAGUGCCUAUCUGGGAGCAACUGUGACUAACAUGUUGUCUGUGUUUGGGAUGCCAUCAGGAACCUGGUCUUUUUGCUUGUCUGCACUGAUCUUCCUUUUAAUAACCACAAACAACUCUGCCAUCUACAAGCUACCACUCUCCAAAGUCACCUAUCCAGAAGCCAAUCGAGCUUAUUAUCUGAAGAUGAAGCAACAUCAGAGGUCUUUCUGUGAGGUAUAAACACCCAAGAAGAUAAAUACUUUGUGGAUUUUAAGGCAUGAGUGCAAGGUGUUUCCCCCAAAAAACAUGAUUUUUGUGUUACAAAGUCAAGAGACUAAAAAAUUAUAUCACCACCUUUGGAGAUAACUUUUUCCACUACAUUCAUUUGUUCUAUCAUGAUUAGAUAGGACUGUGCUGCUCUGGAAGGACCUUUCCCAAGACCAAUUUAUAAUGAUUUAAAAGCACAUAUACUUGAAAAGACACUUGAAUUUUAAGCAGUGGGGAAACAACUUAGAAAUUGGAAAAAAAAUCUGUUUAUGAAAUCCAAGUCACAGCAGUCAGAUAUCUAGCAAUAAAGUGCAGAGCAUCUCUCAGCAUCUGAUAGAACUCCUAACUAAUGGCUAAAACCAGCUUACAACGGCAAUAGGAUACAUCUUAGAGAGCUUCAUAGUAGCAGACAAGUGGAAUAAAGAGUAGAAAUAAGUAGAAAAUAGGUGAUGAAGAAUCUGACUGGAAGAUCUCUCAAGCCCUGUGGAGAGAGAUCGUCACACACAAGAUGGACACAGAUAAAUUGCAGGCAGCAUUCCUAACACUUGCAAAAUUUGUGGUAAAAAUCACAAUAAUGGCAGGGACAGUAUGUCUAUAAGCCCCAGUUUUUUGAUGUUUUAGUUUGCACUAGGCUCUAACGUUUCAUGAAAGAAUAGUUUCAGGCCUACCCAAUUGUCAAGAAAAGUCUGUAAACCCAAGACCAAGAAAGCAAAUGCCAGUGAAAAGUUAUUUUCUACCAAAAAAAAAGGUAAGAAAUGUCAUCAUUUUAUGUUCAUCUAAUGAUUUUUCUUAAUACUUGAAAUUGGUCAUGGGUUAACAAAGGAAGGGACAGCAGCAAAGUCAUUGCUGUCCUUUUCCUAUUCAAUAAAAUGGCUCAGUUCAGUGGAUGCACCAGUGGAACUAAUCUGAGCUUAUCUUCUUGACCUCCCUUCCUACACCAUCCCCAUCAGCCCACAAAUGUCAAGCAGCAAAAUGGUGCACUCUGCCAGUCUGCUGCCAAAUUUCUGCUCUGCCAUCAGCCUCCAUACUGCAAUGGGAAGAGGAUGGUUGGAGAACUGGUGGACGUAGCAGACCUCUGCAGCAGACAAGCCUCAUGCCAUCUCUGCACGGGCUCCUGAGGUCUGCAGGUAGGGAAGGAGGAAGCUGACCUUGCACCCAACUGUGCUGGUCACCUCGAUGGGUGUUACCUCAGCCACCUUUCUGCCUGGUUCACUGAGAUACUUCUUCUUACAACAAAGCUGACAUCUUCACCACAAAUACUCCAUAUGCUCAUGUCCUUCAGUUGGCAUUAGUGUACGUGUAGUAAUGUUGCUCCUGGGAAAGCACAACAAAACCCAUUCCUCUUGUAGCAGAAGAAAGAAAAAGUAACCAUGAAUAGUGCUACUGCUGAUUUUUGAGGUUGGGGAAAAAAAAUGUCUUUUUAUGAAUACCAAAAAAGAUUCAGGUGAAAAAUAUUUGGGAUGAACUGCUGGCAGUAUUUUCUGGUGAAGUGUUAGGUUUUCAGACAUUUGACAGUAUUCCUGUAUGACUGACACUCCAGAGAUCUCUUGUAAAAACGUGCCAUUUGCUGUGUUUUACUUGAUAAAUACCUAUAUAAUAUUGUAUGGAUUUGAUUUCUAGAAUGAAUAUUCAAGUUUGAGUUUGGUAUAAGUUUUCCUCUAUUUAUAAUCACUAAGCUCUUCCAAAGAUAGGUUACCUCUUUAAAUAAGUAGUCUAGAAGAUGCUGGAAAAUAAAACUACUAAAUUGGUAUAUGGGGGAUAUUUAGGAAACUUUUAACCUCUGCUCUUUGUACUUACGGCAUUUUGCUGCAUCAAUGCCUUCUUAAACGCACAAGUGCAAGGUCUGCCUCUGCACAGGAGGUACGAUCAGCCGAAGGCAUAGUGUUGUGCCUGCAGACCUACAGUCGGGGCUGGAAACCUCCUUGAGGGCAGAUGAGGGCUUGUUCCUAGGGGAGAUGCUGAACAGAUCCCCCAGAUUGAGGUUAGACAAGGUCAUGUUCUGUCCAGAGGAUGCACCUCUCCAUUUGUCAAACUGUGGUAGAAAAGGAUAUCUUUUGGAGACUGAACUGACACCUUCCCACCGAAGACCAUGUGUGCCCCAGAAAGGUAAACCUAAAAAGGCCAGCUUUCUGUCUUAUGUAUCUGCACUUGGGUAAGAGCACACACUUUAUGACCAGUGUAAAUCAGCAGAUUUCCUCCGACUGGUGCUAUUUCAGCUUGCCGUUGCUGAGCAACGGGGAUAUUUUGGCAGUACUGUAAAGAAACCAUAUGCACAGAGAGAAAAACAACAAAAGAUGAAGGUCAUGUCUCAGCCAUUAGAAAGAUGGGAAAUCAUUCAGAAGUAAUUCUUCAUUUUACGAUAUCCAGAUAAUUCAUUCUUCCCAUCACCCCAUGAAAAAUAAUAGUUAUCUGGUAAUUUUACAUGUAUAUUUGUCAGAAUAUGCAUAUCAUACUUUUUCCCAUUAUCGUUCAUAACACAGCCUUUGCUAACAGUACUAAUUUAUUUUAUUACUGAAACUGUUCUUUCUUCUUUUUUUUUCCCCCUUUACAUCAAAUAAAUGCUAUUCAAGUAACAAAUUUUUUUCAAGCACUCUUUGUGGGUUCUUGUUUUUGACACAUGGGUGAUAUCAGACUCACAAGAAACAUUCAUGCUGGGCUGGAGUUUUGGGGCCCUUUCCUGGACUACUUCCCCCUCAGUGCCAGCAGAACACAGCAAAAGAGAUGUCACUGUAUUUAACAUUUCUAAAAUUAAGGAAAAAAACUACCCACAAAUCAAGAACAAAAAAAACAACAAAAAUAAUUUUAAAAAACCAAACCACUUGAAAAAAAAAAUGACAUUUGCUUGGAAAGCAGAUUUCAUCUAAAAGUCUAACUCAGAUGAACUGCCUCACUGGCAUUUCCUAGACCACUCUCAUUGCUUCUGCCUGAUGCGCACAAUUCUCUCCAAGACUCCCAGUUCCAUAUCAAGCUCCACCAUUUGACAGGGGCAUGUCUCCUGCCCACCAGUAUCUUCUGCUGGGGUUCAGCGGCUGACUAGCCCUGGCUGCAGCCGCACACCUCAUAGUGGGGUUUGUUAUUGGAGGGAAAUUGGAGGGAGGGAAAGCAUGAAUGACAACUUAAGACAAGCAAGCGUGGGAUGCUGAGCAAGGACCAGUGGCUUUUUUGUCAGCAGAGUUCCCUCCUGUCCCCACCCAAAGCAGUGGUGCAUCCUCACAGGGCCGAGGGCAUGCUGGCAACACCAGCAGUGGUACCAAGAAGUGGGCUACAGCCCUCAUUUCCCCUCCCCCUCAGAAAACCAGUAUCUGGGCAAGUGCACAGGAGGCCAACAUUUAGCCGUGCAGCGAAGACGCUACACCCUUGGUGAUGCUGAACUGGGAGGAGGAAACAUUCAACCCGGGUCACCUGAAGACCAGACC